AAGAAAUAACGGUUGAGAUGUGGUUGGUCGUCAUGGUUACCGAUAAGCCUGCGUACUAGCGUACUAAAGAGUGUCCUGGGACGGUCAUGGUGAAGUAGAGGAAACGCUUUGGUACGCGUUUAACUCUUUAGUAAGCUAGUGUGGGGACUGUGGACGUAGCCGUUAGGACUGUGUGCCGACAUUAAGGCUGGUAUAUAAGUGCAGGGGAAAAAGAAAAGCUCCCAUUACGGCUAUGCUAUCAGAAGCAUUUAAGGGGGAAAGGAUCCCGGACGACCUUAAAGGUUAACAGCUGCACUACCCUGGUGGGAGAGCAUGGACCCUCCGGCUGAGACGGACCGUACGACUCCUGACCUGCUGAACCGAACGGACCUGCGUGCUCAGGAUGUGCACACACCCGCUGAGAAAGCUGCACCUGCACACACAGGUUGUGGAGCAGGACUGGUGUUGUGCGCCGUGUCCGUGGCCUCCCUCAGUGGUCUCAUGCUGGGCUAUGAGAUGGGUCUGAUCUCUGGAGUGCUGCUCCAGCUCAGGGAGGUACUGUCUCUCUCGUGCCCACAGCAGGAACAAGCUGUGGGUGCCUUGUUGCUUGGGGCGUUCUUGCUCUCUGUGGCAGGCGGAACUAUUGUGGACCGUUACGGACGGCGUUUCUCCAUCAUCCUCACGGCGGCGCUGUGCGCAUGUGGAACGCUGCUGAGCGUCUGCGCUCCCUCUUACUGGACGCUGGUGGUGGGCCGCGUGUUGGUGGGAAUGGCUGUGGCACUCUCCGGCACGGCGGCAUGUCUGUACAUAGCGGAGGUUGCACCUGCUGCAUGGCGCGGGAGGUGCGUGUGUGUAUACGAGCUGAUGGUGGUCCUGGGUGUGCUGCUGGGAUUCGGGCUGAGUUGGGCAUUUGCAGGAGUGGAGGAUGGUUGGAGGUUCACUUUGAGUGGAGUUCUGCUGCCUGCAUUCCUGCAGAUGGCCAUCAUGCCUGUGUUGCCCCAAAGCCCACGCUUUCUCCUGACCAGGCACAGGCAGAAGGAGGCACAGAAAACUCUCUCCCGUUUACGAGGGACCGUCUCAGACGCAGUGGAGGAAGAGCUAAAGGUCAUCAUGGCAGCUCUGGGUGCGGAGCAUCAGAAGGGCUUUUUGGAUCUAUUCCGCUCUCAGGACAACAUGCGUAGGAGGAUGUUUGUUGGAAUGGCGCUGGUGUUUCUUCAGCAGGCUACAGGACAGCCUAACCUCCUGGCCUACGCCUCCACAGUGCUGCGCGGAGUUGGAUUCCACAGUAACGAGGCUGCUACACUUGCCUCCACCGGCCUCGGGGUGGUUAAACUAGUCGGUACUGUACCAGCGAUUUUACUGGUGGACCGAGUCGGGCCCAAAGCUUUUCUUUGCGUAGGCGCUGUUGUCAUGACUCUGUCAACAGCAGCAUUGGGAGGCAUAACACUACACAGUCAAACACAAGUGGCCAGCCUGUGCCAGAGCCCAGGCCAGCUAAACCACACCGCAGUCUGGAGGGGACAUGAUCUUAGCAUUAGGACAAACACACAUCAUGCUGAUUUUUUGUUUGAACAGAAUAAGACUCACCUUCAAAUAAACCCCUUUAAACACACUCAGGUGCCCUGGAUUUUAAAGAACAGAACAGCAGUAACAAACUCUGUGACACCGCCAGAGGAUUCUUGGAAAGAGAGAUCUGAGAUUUCAUUAGAAUCCAUGUCAGAGAGUGAGGUGUCUUCUUCCCUGAAAUGGAUCUCUCUGGUCAGUCUGCUUAUCUAUGUGGCAGCUUUCUCCUUCAGCCUGGGACCAAUGGUCUACGUGGUUUUGAGCGAGAUUUUUCCCACCGGGAUCCGAGGAAAAGCCGUGUCUGUGGUGUCUGCCUUCAACUGGGUCAUGAACCUGUUCAUAUCAAUGACCUUCCUCACGCUCACAGAAAAGGUCGGCCUCCCCAGCGUGAUCUUCUCGUACACUGCUAUGAGCUUCGUGCUGCUGAUUUUCGUGAUCGUGUUCGUCCCGGAGACGAAGGGCAGAUCGCUGGAGCAGAUCUCCAAAGAGCUCGCCAUGAAGAACCAUCUCGACAGCACCAAGUUGUGCCACCCGUGGCGAAAGAAGCCCAAGAGCCGCGAGCUGUCACAGGAAGAGAGAUCCCUCGCAGCAGUCUGAUCUCAACAAGGACGAAGUAUGGAGAAGAAGAAGAAGAAGAGAUGGUGAAUCAGUUAUGAAAGAGAAAGAUGGAUACAGGAACCUAAUCAACAGGAACUAGGUGAGAGAUCGGUGACCAGGCGGAGCCUAACCUGAUACGACGUGAUGCUCGGUGAAAUGGCUGAUGAUCUGCGAGGAGCACACGCAAGACUCGCACCGAACCUCAAGUGCUUUAUUAUUUUUAUCUGUCUUAAUCCUUUUCUAGGUAUGUGAUUUGAGAACAUGACUUGUUUUUAAUGGUCAUGGCCAUCUGUAAUGUGAAAAAAGAUCGGAAUCGAUCCCUACGUUCGUCUCAUAAAGUUUUUAAACGAGUAUUUUAUAUGUGCGGAUGUUUUCUGCUCUUGUGUAUUGUUACACAUCAUCAACACGUCAGGGAUUCUUCCUACCGCAGGUCGGAACAUCCUCCAAGAAAAGCACUUUCGGACGUCCUUCAGCGGUCGGAAGACGAAUAAGAUGUAAAAUAAAUAAAUAAAUAAAUAAAUAAAAAUCGACAGCAACGCAGGUCCUGUAGGGAACAGAAAAAAAAAAUGGACCUUAACUUAUUUGUCGUGAAACCUCUGACAGCUUUACGCAAUGGCUGAACUUUCCGUUAAUGUUCUGUUUGUUUAUUCGUUACCGUGGUUACAUUAGUUAUUAACAAAUAUGUUCUUUUAUAUUACGGUAGGCUUUCGUUUAAAAAUAAAAACAUCUCCAACGUUCUAGUGUUUCUCAGGAUACCACAGCAGUGUUCUCCAAUAUGAUUGGUCAUAAAGUGUUGAUAUCAAGUCUAGCGUUUCUAUGGUAACAGCUCCUUGACAGGGGCAUGUAAAGCUGGUGCUCCUGAUAAACAGGUAUAAAAUAGUGCCUUUUUUUUUUUUUGUGUGCGUGUGGGACGUUUAGUAUUAAUGGAAGGAGUCUCCAGCGUCGGCGCUCAGUAGCAGUAAGGACAAGUCGGAUGUUUUGGUGAGGAAACAAACCGUUAGAACAUAAGAGCUACAGGAACUGACUUCGCAGUCGUUUCACAGCAGUCAAUCAAUCAUCAAUAAGUAACAUGGCUGUGGUAGGAGAUGAAGUAAACACUUUGAGACAUUGUACAGGAACUUCACAACAGUGCCUUUGAGUAUUUUUCUCUAACCGCACACACUGUGGUGUUUUAUUCCUUACUUAUCAGAUACAGCCAGAGAAAUAUAUUUGGAUAUAAAAAAUCUACACACCCAUUUUUUUUUUUAUUUAUUUAUUUUUUUUGUUAGUUUUUUUAAUUAAAAUGUGUUUGUAUUGCACUUGAAAUUUUAAGGAUGCUAGAUCACCUUCUUCUUCUACGUUCGGCUUUCCUGUUAGGAAAAUUACCUGGCAGCUUCAUCUCCAACAUCCUUCUACCAUUAUAACCAUCUCCCUCCUCUGUACAUGUCCAAACCAUCUCAAUCUGUCCUCUCUGACCUUGUCCCCUAAACAGACAACCUGAGCUGUCCCCCUGAUGUGCUCGUCCCUAAUCCUGUCCAUCCUCGUCACUCCUAAAGAGAACCUCAACAUCCUCAUCUCUGCUACCUCCAUCUCUGCCUCAUGUCUUUUCCUCACUACUACAGUCUCUAACCCAUACAGCAGAGCUGCUCUAACUACUGUCUUCUCCACCGUUCCUUUUAUUCUUGCUGUCACACUACUGUCACACACAACACUCCUGACACUUUUCUCCAUCCACUCCAACCUGCCUGCACCCGUUUCUUCACCUCUUUUCCACACGCCCCGUCACGCUGGACGAUCGACCACUAAUACUUAAACUCCUGCACCUUCUUGACCUCAGCACCCUGUAACCUCACUGUUCUACUUCCCUCCCUCUUGUUCAUACACGUGUUCUGUCUUACAACUGACUUUCAUUCCUCUUCUUUACAAAACCGACGACUCACGUGUUUAAAUUUGGUACGUUUCACGUCGGAUGCCGUUCCAGGCGCAGCCCUCUAUAUGUAUUUAUCCAGGCUUGGGACCGGUACAGAAAUCAAUGGCUUGCAACCCCUGUGGCUAGAUUCGGAUGCUAGAUCAUAUUAAAGGUGGGAAAAAAAUCUGAUUUCGCUUUUCUUUUUCUUCCACAAAAGCCUACAACAUUAAUAAAAUAGUCGUGUAUAUUUUUUAUAUCCAGCGUGUUUUGAUGUUACGUUAUAAAUCCGUGUAAAACGUGCAGAUUUCUAAAAUAAUGUUAACAACAGAAGAAUGUAACCUUAAGAUAAUAAGUAAAUGUUUAAUUAUAAUGUUAUACCGAGUCAACCAUAUUUAAGAAAUGUUCACUUUCUAGAGUACGUGAGAGAUGAGUGGAGAUGUUAUGCUAGCUGUGCCACUACUGUAUUUACACUGCACUUUGGAUUCAAGUGCACACUACCUGAUGCCAUGAUUUGGAUUGAACUGUGAAAAUAAAGCAGUCUAACACCGU